ACCGAUCCUGGCGUCCUGGAUUCCAUAGCCUGCCUGUCUGUAGCCCUACAAAGCCAAGGAAAGUACGGCGAGUCGGAGACGAUGAAUCGGCGUGCGCUGGAGGGGUAUGAGAAGGUUCUUGGGCUGGGACACCCCGACACCCUAACAAGUGUCAACAACCUUGCUCAGGUGCUGGGAGACCAAGGAAAGUACGAUGAA